GCCACGUCGGGGCUCUGGGGCCUGGAAAGCUGCAGCCUGUUCCCUCUCCACCCCCUCGGGAGCAGCUCCACCUCUUCCCUUCGCUGCUCCCUCAGCAGCUGUGCCCCCAGCAUCUGUCUCCCGGGCGCCCUCCCCCUCACCCCCCGCCUUGCCCAGCUGAGCAGUGGAAGCAGACAGCCAGGCUGCCUAGAAGACUUAUUUGGUGGGGCUUCUGACUGAGUUGGAAACCCAGCAAAGCCUGCCCUUUCUCCCCGCUACACCCUCGACCUACGGGGCAGCCCACCCAGAUCCUCAGAUCCCUGGGUUUGGCAAAUCCUGCUGAAAGUGAGCAGUAGGAGGACUCUCCAAGGCUUCCAGCUUGCCACCUGGAAGAAGGUCACUUUCUUUUGAGCAAAGGAGAUAAUAGGAGGUACCCUGCCAGUGUUCACUGUGACGCUGGGGUGGCAUGAGCCACAGUUGCUCUGGGAGGGUUGUGGCACCUGGGGCUGGGUGGCUCGCCCUAAGCUUGCUCUGACAAAAGAGUUUUGAGUUGGUUUUUUGGAUGAGUCUGCCGAGGAAGGCAGGCUCCUGCAGGAGUCUUGGAGGGUCGGAUGCAGCGCCGGAUGAGGAUGAGGCGUGGCGGAAGAUGCGUUUGGCUCUGCAGACACUGCAUCGGGCAGCAGGGGACUCUGGGAGGCUGGUGCAGCCAGAAGGCAUGGCUCUUGACAGCCUUCUAGUAGAAUCUCUGGAAUUGUGCAUGACAGAAGAGGAAAGAAACUAACGGGUAUUGAGCACCUACUGUGUGCCAGGCCCAGGCCAGGUUCCCCCUACCACCAGCCAGUCUGUGCAGACUUGCUGCCUGCUGUGUCACCGGGAACGCAAAGGCUGGGAAGAAGGCCCUUCCCAGAACGGACUGGUGUUGCAGGGUGAGAAGCUGCCCCCUGACUUCAUGCCAAAGCUCGUCAAGAAUCUCCUAGGCGAGAUGCCUCUGUGGGUCUGCCAGAGUUGCCGAAAGAGCAUGGAGGAAGAUGAAAGGCAGACAGGUCGAGAACAUGCAGUGGCGGUAGGUAACCGCUGAGAAGGGGUCCCCGAAUGCAGGAGCGCUGCCUGCCCAGAGAAGUCAGGCUGUUGAGCUGUGGCUGCCUUGUGCUCAAGUGGCUGUCCUCAGGUAGCACCUCCGCCCAGGUGCCAAAGAGGCUGCACCUAUGCAGCAUUAGCAGCUUGUGGCCCACAUUUGGGGGAAGAAAAGAGAGGUUUCAGGCAGCCCACCAGCCCCCAAGGACAGUGCACCGUGUGAUGGCCGGCUUGGAGGCACUGGUAGAUCGAGAUCCUGACCCUCCCUGUGACUGUGCUGCCUUCAGCUCUGUGGCAGCUCAAAAACCAACCAGUGUGACAUGGAAGGCAAAGAUCUCCUUGUCACACACAUCCUGCAAAUCACAGUCUUGUGGGGGUGAUUCUCAUUCCUCUUCGUCCUCCUCUUCGUCGUCCUCUUCCUCAUCCUCCUCCUGCCACGGGAACUCAGGGGACUGGGAUCCUAGUUCGUUCCUGUCAGCACAUAAGCUCUCGGGCCUCUGGAACUCCCCGCACUCCAGCGGGGCCCUGCCAGGUGGCUCGCUCGGGAGCCCUCCUACAAUCCCUGGUGAGGUUUUCCCCAUCUCGGAGCACCACCGGCACUCAGACCUCACUGCUCCACCUAACAGCCCCACCGGCCACCACCCCCAGCCAGCGCCGCUGAUCCCAUCUCACCCCGGAUCCUUUGGCUCACCACCCCACCCGCACCUGCUGCCCACCACCCCAGCAGUGCAUUUCCCUGCCCAGGUUUCAGAAUGCCCUGUUGCUGUGGCUGCUGCCCCCCACACCCCAGGGCCAUGUCAGAGCCCCCACCUUCCCUCCACCAGCAUGCCGCUCCUGAAGAUGCCUCCUCCAUUCUCGGGUUGCAGCCACCCCUGUAGUGGUCACUGCAGCGGGCACUGCAGCGGGCCCCUCCUCCCACCACCCAGCUCUCAGCAGCUCCCUAGCACGCACAGCAGGGACCCUGGGUGCAAGGGGCACAAGUUUACCCACAGUGGCCUGACGUGCCAGCUUCCCCAGCCAUGCGAGGCAGACGAGGGGCUGGGCGAGGAAGAGGACAGCAGCUCGGAGCGUAGCUCCUGCACCUCAUCCUCCACCCACCAGCGAGAUGGGAAGUUCUGUGACUGCUGCUACUGUGAGUUCUUCGGCCACAAUGCGCCACCCGCUGCCCCGACGAGUCGGAAUUAUACCGAGAUCCGAGAGAAGCUUCGCUCAAGGCUGACCAGGCGCAAAGAGGAGCUGCCCAUGAAGGGGGGCGCCCUGGGCGGGAUCCCUGGGGAGCCCGCCGUGGACCAUCGAGAUGUGGAUGAGCUGCUGGAAUUCAUCAACAGCACGGAGCCCAAAGUCCCCAACAGCGCCAGGGCUGCCAAGCGGGCCCGGCACAAGCUGAAAAAGAAGGAGAAGGAGAAGGCCCAGUUGGCAGCGGAAGCUCUGAAGCAAGCAAAUCGUAGUGUUUCUGGAAGCCGGGAGCUGAGGCCUGCCAGGGAGAGUCUUUUGGGGUGGCCCGACCGGGAGCUGGAUCGGGUCAACAGCUUUCUGAACAGCCGUCUACAGGAGAUCAAGAACACUGUCAAGGACUCCAUCUGUGCCAGCUUCAGUAUGUGUGAGCUCAGCGUGGACAGCAAUGGCUUCUCUAAGGAAGGGGCCACUGAGCCAAAACCUCAGAGUCUAGCCCCCUCAAACCCCAGUGGCUCCUCAGAACAAAGGCCUGACAUUAACCUUGACCUGUCCCCUUUGACUUUGGGCUCUCCUCAGAACCACAUGUUGCAAGCUCCAGGAGAGCCAGCCCCACCAUGGGCAGAAAUGAGAAGUCCCCACCCACCAUGGACAGAAGUGAAGGGCCCCCCUCCUGGUAUCCCUGAGAAUGGGCUAGUGAGGAGGCUCAACACUGUGCCCAACCUGUCCCGGAUGAUCUGGGUCAAGACACCCAAGCCAGGUAACCCUGGCUCUGAGGAGCCAAGCAUAAAGGAGGCCCCUGGUUGCAAGCAGGAGCUGUCUGAGCCUGUGGCCUCAGGUGGGAAGCCACGGAAGGGCAGGAGACAGGGUAGUCAGGCCAAGAAGAACGAGGUGAGCCCAGCUUCCCAGCCCCCAGCCUGCCUUGAGACUCCCAGUGCCAAGGGCCAGGCCCCUAGCCCCAAGCAGCCAAGCAAGGCCCCAGAGCCUCCCAGAGUGGACAGCGGUGCUGAAGCUGGAGAAGGGAGCCAGGGGGCCCGACCAGGACCAGGCUGGGCUGACAGCCCCAAAGCUGACAAGGAGAAGGGCAGCUCCUGGCGAAACUGGCCAGGUGAAGCCAAGGCACGGCCUCUGGAGCAGGAGUCUGGACACCCCCCAGGCCCAGCAAGGCCGCAGAGCUUGCAACAGGGCAAGGGCCGCAGCCGCCGGAGCCGCAACAAGCAGGAGAAGUCCGCCGCCUCCUUGGACGAUGUGUUCCUGCCCAAGGACAUGGAUGGGGUGGAGAUGGAUGAGACUGACCGGGAGGUGGAGUACUUCAAGAGGUUCUGUCUGGAUUCUGCAAAGCAGACGCGUCAGAAAGUUGCUGUGAAUUGGACCAACUUCAGCCUCAAGAAAACCACUCCCAGCACAGCUCAGUGAGCCCCUGCCAGAACCAGCUUCUUAAGGGUGUCCUGAGACCCCAACUGCCAGCCGAAGGUCUACAGUUUUCUCCAUCACAUCCCCACCUACCUGCCCAAGACCCCACUCCCCGGGGCUCCACCAUCCUGGACCAACCAAAAGCUGAAUAGAUGCUGUUCAUGCUGGGGCCCCUCAGGACCUCUGCAGAGCCGCUUCCUGGUGCUACGCAGCCCCCACACUCAAGAGCCCGGGGGCUGGGCUGGCCUGUGGGCUUGGGGGCUGAUGGUACUGCUGGCCCAACACUGCUCUUUUUGUGUUUGGUUGUUUUGUUUUUGUUUUACUUGUUUUUCAAUUCUUUACUUUUGAUACUGUGAAAAUCUUUCCUGCCGAAAGAUAAAGCAACAUUUGGACACAGA